UAACCGGAACAAGCCGGACAAACCAGGCCUAAGAAAGUGGUUUUAGUUUAAAAGAAAAACUGGAUCAACCGGAGGAGGAGGAGGUGUGUGAAGUAAUGGCAGAGGAUCAGCUACCAGAGACAUUGAAACCCUUCUUUCACAGAGCCACCGAAGCUCAGGAUCGGUUAGCUAGGCUUGAAGCUGCUCUUGCCUCCACCAAGACAGAUGUUCCAGAUGCCGAACUUGUGGAGAAGAUCAACCAAAUCCAGUCGAAGCUUGAAGAAGCUAACGAGAAGGUGAAGCAAGAACAGGACAAGGUGGAGAAGUUGACCUCUGAAAACGAGAAGCAAAAGUACCGUAUACUGCAUCUUGUGCGUGCGCUGAACGAUGCUGAUGAGAAGCUUGAGAAGAUCUCUAAAUGAUUUGAUUCUUUGUCUUUGAUUGCGUUUCUGAAACAUCUUUACCAAAGUACUCAAUGAUUUAAUGGUAUUAGAAAUUAUCGAUUUGGAAAAAUAAACUUUGGGUACAUC